AAAGGAAAAAAAAAAAAAAAGCCCUGCGGAUUGAUCCGGGCGAUAUUUUUGGGUAAAUACAAUCACGUGAGGACGGGCAGCCAAUGGCGCGGGGGGAACGGCUGAAAAAAUAAUUACCUGCCCUGAUUGUUCUAUGAGCAGAUAAAAAGUACACAUACACUUCAUACAAUAAUCCCAUGAAUGUAAAAGAGGGGGCGAGCGAACCAUGUCGGCUUCGGGCCCCAUCAGCAACUACUACGUGGACUCGCUGAUCGGCCCCGACAACGAGGAGCUGCUGGCCCCGCGCUUCGGCCCCGGCGCCGCUCGCCCCGCCGGACUCGUCCCCGACUGCUCCGACUUCCCCUCGUGCAGUUUCGCCCCCAAACCCGCCGUUUUCACCACCUCGUGGGCGCCCGUGCCCUCGCAGCCCCCGGUGGGCUACCCCCACCCGCACCCCGCCGGGCCCUACGCGCCGCAGGCGGCCGAGCCCAGGUACGUGCGGACCUGGCUGGAGCCGCUGGCCGGGGCCGUCUCCUUCCCGGCCUUCGGGGCUCGGCCCUUCGGCCUCAAGGCGGAUCUGGGGCCGCGGGGCCGCGCCGAGUGCGGGGACGGGCGCGGCUACGCGGAUUUGGUGUACGCGGCUCCCGGGGAGCUGCGGGAGCGGGCGGCGCUGAGCAUCGCGUCCUCCCCCGAGUGCGAGGCCGUCGCCGCCGGCAAACACAAAGAAGAAAAGCACGAAUUAGACCCCAGUAAGUCCGAGUCAUUCUUGUUUACGACCGCGGAAGGCAUUACGGCUUCCAGGACCCCACUCAAUAAAAUGGAAUUACCUUAGGGAGAGAGAGAGAGAGGGAUGGAGCGCGACCCUAAAACUCCAGAGGCGCAGGAAGGUUCUGGGGGUUUUUCGGCGAGUCGGAAACUCCAGAGGAGCAGGAAGGUUCUGGGGGUUUUUCGGCGAGCCCACUUUCUUUCAGGCUCUUUGAUUCCUUUUUUUUUAAAAAAAAUUUUUGCUGUUUUUAAAGGUUUUUCUGUGUUUUUUUUGGUGUUUUUGUUU